AUGUCGGUUCACGGCGACAGCGACGUGGACGCGACGGAGGAGAUCAACGUGGACGACUCAGACUCCGGAAGCUGCAGUCCGCACAACUAUACCAGCGACAAUCGACGUCUACCGCAGGAGCACUCCGAGUGCUCGAAUUCCCCGCCGCCGAGCCAAACGAGCUCCAGAACGCUGCAGAACGAAUCGCCCAGGAGCCAUCCUUUCAGUAUAAGUCGUCUGUUGGGGGAGAAUCGUUCACAAAAUCCGAAAAGCCCUUCGUCGGAGGAUCUGGACAGCGACAAAGAGAGGAAAUGGUCCUGGGAAGAGGGAAACAAUAACGGUGGCUUGUCGAUGACCUUGGACGACGGCAGAAGGUCCUGGGGUCACGAGAUAGAGGAGAAACUGUCCGAGAAGGACGACGAUGAUACCGGAAGCACGCCGGAAACACAGAUGAAUUCCGCGUCGUCGGUCCAUUGCUCGACUGCCGCGGACCUGUUGGCACCGUUCAGACUUUUUCCGGCCGGAACCGGUCUGAUAUAUACCGGUGGAGGUGUAAUAAGAGUUCCUGCGCAUCGACCACCCGGUGCUAAUGGUGCAACAACGGGUGCAUUGCCGGCACAAGCGUUGAUACCACCGUGGAGUUUACAAGCCCUUCAACACAGUCAGCAGCAGGCAGCGGCGGCCGGUCUUCACAGGGCGAGCUUGCUCGCGAACCUCGCCGCACAUCCGCUUCAGGGACACCCACACCUCAAGGAUAGGCUGGCAGUAGCUGGAGCGUUCCCGAGGAGGAUCGGUCAUCCGUACCAAAACAGGACACCGCCGAAGAGAAAGAAACCGAGGACGAGCUUCACCAGGUUCCAGAUUGCCGAGCUUGAAAAACGUUUUCACAAACAAAAGUAUUUAGCAUCGGCCGAGCGAGCAGCCCUGGCGAAGUCCUUGAAGAUGACGGAUGCCCAAGUGAAAACAUGGUUUCAGAAUAGACGGACAAAAUGGAGGCGGCAAACGGCAGAGGAGAGAGAAGCUGAGAGGCAGGCGGCAAAUCGGUUAAUGUUGUCCCUUCAAGCCGAAGCGCUUGGAAAAGUAGCGUAUCCAACAACGGUACCCAGUCAUCCAGCAGGGACCACUGUUCCCAGUCUGGAUAGGCAGCAACCACCCACUACGCUGACCCACCCCAGUCAGUGGGCCUCGCCGUACGGCCCGCCACAACCCUUGGCCGAGCCAAUUUGCUGA